UCACGCCGCGGUGACGCCAUCGCCCCGUCGCCGCGCGCCCGGCGCCGCCAUGUUCAAGGUAAUCCGGCUGGGGGCCACCCCUGUCAGCCUGGGCUUGCUCUCUGUCCAGGUUUAUGCUGCUUCCUCAGAGAAGGCUUCCAAGAAGGAGUUGCUGAAAAUUGAGGAGCUGUCACUGUACUCCUCCCCAGCUCGUGAGACGAAAUAUGUGGAGAAUCCCAAAACAGAAUUGGAGGAGGGGGUUUCCCGUUUGCGACAGGUUUUGGAGCCAUACACAGCCUGGUGUCAGGAUCUUUAUGCCAAAGCUGUGCCCAAGUUAGAAAAAGCUGUUGAGCAUGGUAGAGAGGGCUAUGAAUUUCUCCAGAAGCCUCCUGCUGGAUUUUAUCCAAGGCUUGGUGUGAUAAGUUUUGCUGGAAUUAUUGGAUUGUUUCUUGCUAGAGGCUCAAAAAUAAAGAAGUUGGUGUAUCCUGCAGCUCUCAUGGGUAUGGGUACCUCCAUGUAUUACCCUCAGGAAGCAGUUGCUAUUGCAAAGGUUGCUGGCACACAGCUGUAUGACUGGAGUCUUCAAGGAUAUAUUGCUGUAGAAGCUCUUUGGAAGGAUACUCCUAAGAAGAAGAAAUCAGGGGAAAAAGGUGAUAAGGGUGAUGCAGUGGGUGACAAGCCCCUGGAAGUCCAUGCUGCUUCAAAUAAAGAGCAGACCCAGAAGUAGAAUGCUACAUCACCUGGCAUCAGACAGGAGUACCUGCUGCUUUGUAACUUCAAGGAAAGGACCAUCACUGCUUGGAUCCAAAGACUCAACAGUUUCCUUAAGAACAAACAGGAGAUAAUGUCACAUCCUCCUCUACACCUCUGCUUGCUUUUAGACCUGUGUGAAAGGACCUUUCAACUUUGCAGUCCUGUGCUUAUUGCAGAAAAUACCCCAGCUGAGAAGCCAGAUGGAAGCCUGUGUAAGGGGAGCCCCAGCUGCCCAAACUGCUGGAGAGGCACAUGGCUCUGGGUGCCUAGAAGCAAACCUGGCCCUGCCUGGGAGUGAAGCAGGGAUGUCUGAGUAUGUUGAGCUGUGGGGGUGAAAAGUAAUUUGGCUUUUAACAGCAAAAAAUAGUUUGUUGACACCAAGCCCAAAUGGCAAGUAAAGGAGCUCUGGAGUUCUGAGUCCCUGCAGGACUCCUGUAAUCAAAUUUCAAAUUGUGAUGAUGGCAAACCCAGCAUGCAAAUAGAGAAUAAUUUUAUUACUUUGUGCUGAGAAGGUCAUCAACUCAUGCCUAUAAAUCCUGAGUAUUUGCUUACGUAAUUUAUUUUUGUUUUCCUUUGGGAUUCUUUAGCCUUGUCCUGACUUCACUGUCAUUUGGACCAGCUGUACUUUGUAAAGCAGUGGACUUUGGUUUAUCACCCUGUUUUACAGUCUGGCAGCUUUACAGCUUUCAGAGAAAUGUAGUUACAUAAAAUGGGUGUGCUUUCUUGCCUAGCUAAAGCAUAGCCACCAUUCCUCAAAAUUUCAGCUAGUUUUGGUUUUGUUUAAAAGUGGAUCAAUAAGGUGUUAUUUCUUUGCUCCUAGCCCUUGUUGCUGCCUCCAUCUGCCAGUUCUGCCUGUUGCUCUUCACCAAUAAAUAAUUCCUGCUUCUACACCACCAAAUCCAAAAUUAGUACUUGCUAAUCCAUUAAGUUAUGCCUAAUAGCAUCGAUGGGAGGUAAAAGUAAUCCAAAAAUUAUUAAUGUAUGCCAAGAAUAUGCCUCUCAGGCUUCUGAUUUUCUGAAAUAAGUCUUACAGUUUGUUCUGAUUACAUUAUCUGGAAAGAAAAAAGCCUAAACUGUCUCCCUUGAUGCUGCUUCCUCUGCUGGGUGUGUGACUUCCUGUGGCAGGCUGUGGUCAGCCCCCGCACCUGGCCUCCUUCAAUGUUGCAGGUCUCUUCUCCUGCCUCCUUUUUAAUUUACAUUUUCUGCCCCAGUGGCAAAGCUACACCUCUGUAUGGAGGUUAUGACCUCUAAGAGUGCUGAGGGCAGAGUUUGACCCAUCUCUCUGUGUUAAAUCUGAAAAAGGCCCGUGUACCUACAACUGUAGCUGAACACACUGAGGCAGGGGUUGGAAAUGUUCUGGUACAUUGUGCUAGGCCGUGGCAGGAAGCUGGCUGGGGGAGAAACCCAAAUGCUGUCAUGUGAACUGAUUGCAAAAGGCACGAGACUACAGACCAAAACUACGAGUCUUGUUUCCUCCUGCUCAAGGUGUGUGGUGCUGUUUGUGCGCCGGUGACUCAAGUGGGCCAAAUCUGGAAGUUCAGCGAGAUCACAGAGAGCCCAGACUGGAGUUUGCUCAUCAUGAGAGCAAUAAAGAAACUCUACUCAAAGGUACCUCCACAGUGGUAUCUGGGUGUCCAGUUAUAGUAACCAGCUUUCCAAAGUCUCACUCUGAAGUUUUAUCAGUGUGUUUAGAAAAUAACACUGCAAUAUCCAGUUACUUGGAAAUACUGAGCAACUGGAUAAAGGUACCGUGUCUCUCACGUUUUUUUCUGUGUGGAAGAAAGUUUCUAGUAUGAAUUCCAGGGAUUCAUGUCUCAUCCCUGCACAGUGGGUUCCUGGGAGGUGAUUGUGAAGAUGUAAACCCACCUCAUCAUACUGUACAGCAAAAUUUCAGGAGAGGAUGGGUGCCUGGUUUUGUCUUACCAAAGCAUGUUAUCUUUAGUCUGUUUUAGUGGCAAAGGGAAAUAGUUCAAGAAAACGGAGGUUCCCUUUUCCUUUGAGUAGAUGUGACCAUCUGACACCUGCUAUAUCAACAAUCGAAAUAUGCAAAGUUUGGAACAAAAUAAACAGAACUGUUUACAUGAGA